UUAGCCAAGCAUAACACAGAGUGGGACUCUGCUGUUUGUAUGGCAAAGAUGGAUACUAGCUAACUGCCUAGCUGUAAUGUGCUGUUAAUAGCUGGAGAAACGCGGCCAGGUUGUCAAAUAUAUGUCCGAGUAUCACUCAAUAUACUGGACUCAACAUUAAUUUUCUGUUUUGCGACUCUCGAGUCUACCGGUUUGUAGACAGCUAUGGGUGGGCUGGGAAAUGGACGUCGAGGAGGAAGAUCACCCCCUCUAAUGAUUGGUGCCCUAAUUGCCUGUAUCCUCGUUCUGGGCUUUAACUACUGGGUGUCAAGCUCCCGCAACCUGGAGCUACAGACUAAGCUGUAUGAGUUAGAAGGCCAGGUGCGCCGUGGGGCAGCAGAGCGAGGGGUAGUUGAGAUGAAGAAGACUGAGUUCCAGGAGGAGAUCCAGAGGCAGAAGGAGCAGAUCAGCCGCAUAGAAAGCCUCUUCAAGAGACAGCUGGAAGGAUCUCAGAACACCUGCAGCCAAGAGAAGGGCACACUGCAGCAGAACAUUUCCUCUAGUACCAAAACCAUACAGGAACUCAAAGGUCAGUUGAAUCAGCUGAAUGACGACCUGGGGAUGCUUCAGAAGGAGCUGCAGAGUUGCCAAGGCAACAUCAAAACCCUCAACAACAAACUCACUUACGACAUGACCCACUGUCACUCCCAGGUUCUUUCCCAGAAGGAGUUGUGUGAUGAGAGAGUGGCAGCUGCUAAACUUGAAGUACAGAAGAAAAUGGAGAAGCUUAUCCCUCCUCCAGGUGCCUCCUCACAGCAGGAAAAUGCAGUGGAUGGACCAGCAAAAGACGAUGGACCAGUCAUGACUGUGGCUGAUGCUGUGAAGACCGCAACUGUUGUAAGCCACACACCAAGCGUCUCUCAGUCCAAAGGAAAUGAUCCACCUGAGCUACUGACCAAUGACAUCAUUGUGGACAAAGGUCCUGAUGGCCCAGCAUACCUGCCUCCAGAGAAGGAUCUCUCCAAAGUAGAGUCUCAGCCUGUUCCCUCAGCGACUGCAGCCAAGCAGGACAUUUUGUCACCACCAGAGGGAGCUGUUGAAGGAGAGAAGGGUGAGGCAGAGACCAGUAAACCUGUGAAGAAUAACCUGACUGAGGACAACGAGAUGGAAGUAAUGGAUGUUCAUGAAGAGGGUGCUCAGACAGAAGAGGCAGACCCUGGGAUGGAAGGCAUGCUGAUUGGCCGGGCGAAGGCAGAUGAGACACCUAAUGGUCAGAAACUUGAGGAUCCAGAUGAAUAUGAAACAGACGAUCAAGUCGUGGGUGGAGUCGAUAUGGAAAAACAACAGCAGAGUAAACUGGCUGAAAAUAUAGACAAGGACAUGGAGGAUGAGCUGGCUGACUAUAACGGAGACGAUGAGAACGAAGGCGAGUUUGAAGCAGACAAACAAGCUGAGCUUGCUCAAAUCUAAGUGCUGGAGCUGGAGAAGGAGCCUGCACACCACAUAAGGAAGCAGGAUCCCUUAUACAUCUCAGCACAACCACACCAUACAGGUUAAUGCAGCCUUCCCAACACAGUAAACACAAACAAACCCAGAUGGAAAUCUAUAAGAAAGACUUGUGACAUCACAUUGGGUUAGAUCAUAACCAUUUGUUUCCUGGAAUGUCUUUUAUUUGUCAUCGUAAUUGGAUGCUGUAUAUUUGAUUACAUGUUGUCAGAUAUUUUAUCAGCCGGGAUCAUCACGUUUUAAAUUUUGGAAAUGAAUGAAAAUAUGCAAAUAUCAGCCAGGCAUGUACACUCAAGUUUUGUAUUCAUAUGCAUCUCACUGUAUACAAAAAGCCAUGUGGUGACUGUGCUGACAUUCAUUUCAUUAUGGUGACAUACUUAUCAGUACUUUCACCUGCUUAGUUGUUUGUGUUGUAUGCAAAUUGAACAUCUCAGCGUCCUCAGAAAUCAGUAGAUUUUAAUUAGAUGUAUUGUUCAUGUUCAUACUGUAAUGACUGUAACUAAACAAGAGAAGUGAUGAUAAUGUGCAGACCCUUAUAGGGUAACUGUAUGAGGUGUUAUAUAUUGUAGAAAGUGUAAAUAACCUCAGUGAUCCCAGUGACAGAACUCUGCAGCAGCAUCUUAAACGACGCCUUAAGUUCUUCAUGUAUGCAGCCUCUCAUAUGAAGGACUCUGAUUUUGGGUUAAUGGCCAGGAUGUUUUGCUGUACAACAUGUCUGCCAGUGAUCACAGAUGAGGUUUUCCAUAACUGUAGUAAAUGAAGGAAAUGUGCGGAGGUUCUUGUUAGACAGCUGUAGGGCUGCAGCCAAUGGUUAUUUUCAUUGUUGAUUAUUUUCUCGAUGAAAUCUAUUAGUUGUUUGGUCUAUAAAGUGUCGAUCAGUGUUUCCCAAGGCCCAAGGUAAUGUCCUCAAAUGUCUUGCUUUGUCCACAACCCAAACAUAUUCAGUGUACCGUCACAGAGGAGCAAAGAAACCAGAACAUAUUCACGUGUAAGAAGCUGGAAUCAGAGACUUUUUUUAAAAAUUUUCUUAGAAGAUUACUAAGUUAUUAUUAUUGAUUACCAAAUUAGUUGGUGAUUAAUUUGAUAGUUAACACGUUGCACCUCGAGGCUGCUGAGUCCAAUUGUGUUUUGAUAUAGGCAAAACACAGCCAAACAGGAAAAUAAAAUCAGCUGCUUUUUUGAUUCCCAUGUGACCUAAAAUGCUGUAAAAAAUAAGGCUGGCUUAAGAGACAUGGCGCAUAAUAAACAGGCAAAUUCAUCAUCUGGAUUAUAUGCUGAUGUAACUUUGUCAGGUUUUAAACAUACUAUAUCAUAAUGUCUGUAACUGGACAUAUUUGAUCAAUGGACAAUUUCUAAAGCGUUACUUUGAUUUUUAGCUUUGUCAUAAGGUUGGAUGUGUGCUGUGCUCAUUUGGGAUCAGUUAGAUAGAAAAACAGUUUUGGAUUUUAAUGAACAAAACAUCUGGAUCAUAUUAGUAGAUCAACAAUCCUUUGUAUUUCAACGCAUGCCUUAUCAAUUGUGUGUACACCAGUUUUUCCCUACGGUCAGUUGCUUCUGACACAGUGGAGAUCAGAUGCUCAUGUUUACCAGUUUUAGACCUUUGUGGAUGCUGCCUCUGUUCUGCUGGGUUAAAAUGACUGUAUAGUUUGUGGGAAGGAACUUUCCUUGAAGUAGGAACCUUGUGUUGUGCUUUAGGGUUCCUGCAUACCAGCAGAUGUGAAUCACUCCCUAGCUGUGUUAAACUGUAUUAGUCCAUUCUGCUUCAAGCUGCACUAAUGACUGAACUAAUAUUAGGGAUCAGAAAUAACAACAAAUUAGUACAAUGUUGUGGGGAGAUCUUUUGUUGCCUUGUGUUUUAUACAGCACAGAUGAUAUACUUUAUUUUCCAGGUACUUAUUUAUAAGUAGUGACUUUAACUAAAUACCAACAGUUACACAGUAUGUUGUCAUUUUAACUGCCAUAAAUUCCUUAAUGUUUUGACAUAUCAUCAAGAGUCCAUUCCUAAAUCAUGUUGCUUUUCCAACAUCUUCAACCCCACUGUUUCAAGAUGAGGUUAACACUACCCAGCUGCUCCAUGUCAGUCAUAGAGAGGUGGAGUCUCCUCACUUCUGCUGGACCACCAUGGCAUUUUUAAGGGGAAAAAAUACGUUCAGUAGUGAAGGACAAGAGACAAAUAAUGUUUAGAUCCUGUUUGAAUUGUGCCACAAAUUGCACAUAUGAUCUUUGUCCAUUUAAAGUAUAGUAUUGGAAUUCAAGAAGUCAUAGUUUGUUGAAAAACUGGUGAAGUUAUACUGUGAGAAUACGUAAUUGCAACGACUACAUAGGUCAUAAUAGUUACAUCACAGCUCUCCGUGACGCUGAAGCUUUGAUGCCUGUAUGUAUGUGUAUGACCAGGAGUUGCUGGAUGAAACACAUCAGGUAAGACUACGUUACAUCUAUGGAACAUAGCAAAGAUGACUAGCCAGCAAGCUAGCUGGUGUUGGUGACAUAUAUAUGUGAGAUGAGGGGCGUAGUUCACUGAGCGGUUUCACUCAAAACUAAAUGAUACUAUGACAAACCUACGACAAACUAGGACUUUGUUGACCUACAGAAUGACCUUUUUUUAUUAACAAACAUGUAACUUAUGGCAUAAUUCAAAUGGGAACAAAAAAAUAUUUGUCAUUCACUGUUGACCACUGUACAGUAUGUUUCUGAAAUUAGGUCGAUGGGGGCUACAGAAAAGGUGAGGAACUUCACCUUUCUAUUACAACUGGGCUGCCAGGCAUGAUCCAAUCCCACAGAGCCUAUUUUAUACACAAGCUGCGAUGCUGAGGUUUCCCAACAGCAAAAAAAUCUGACAACAGUUUCUACAAUGAUAAAAUAGAAAAGACCUGUAGAGUUUAAUUUUGAAUGUAAAGGUGCAGCCAUUGAAAACCCUUUGUUUUGACUUAAUAAUGGCAUACAUGAAGAGGCAUUUACAGAAUAUAUAUGGAGCAUUAAGAAUAACAAGAGGAAUAUAGAUUACAGAACCCUAUGAGCAAAAGUAUUUAGGUGUUAUCAAACUUCAUUAAGCUUAUUCAAGUACUAUUUAAAACAAAAAUAUCUUUUUACACUAAAGACUCACUGAAGAUUCCUUAAGAUGGUGAAGUACAGUCUUUUCAUGUUUAUUUCCUUAUAAUAAAAAAAAACAGUGUGAUUUCUUGGAAACUUGACUUUGAUUUGCAAAUUCUUGUUCCUUUUAUUUCACUAGAUGAAGACUGUAUGAAGUAUCUUCAUCUCAGUCCUUUAACAAGUAACUUUUCCUUUUGAGGAACACAAAUUAAAGGAACAGUUAAUCAAUUCAGUUAUUUCCAAUGAGUUGAUAUUAUCAUCUCAAUUUUCAAAUAAUUUCACAUCCUAAAUAGUGUUGAUUAUGUUAACUUAUUUUUUAUUUAUAUUAUGAUCAUAUUAAAUCUGCGCCUGGCCAUAAUGUUUCAAAGUAACUAUAAAAAUACAGGAGUGCCGGUGACAAAUUCAUGGAAACACUUCGACACUGAGAGUGUCCACAGCAGUUAAUGAACGUGGACUCUCAUUUAUAUCAAAGUGUCUUUUGUCUGCCUGUCUGUCUCCCUUUGGUCAGUGUCACAGGGGAAACAUGGUACCAGAAUUGUAUCAUGUCGUUUUAUUUUCAAAGUUGCUGUAAGUUGUUGUGGGUUUUGUUGUCUGACACUGCUGCUUUGUUAUGUCUGAAAGCUUCGUCUGCCUGUUUGUGUAAAAAGUCCCAUUUUUGAACCAGUUCUGUUUACCUGGAGAUGAAAUGUUUUUUGAUUUUUUUUUAUAAAUUGGAUUAACUUUUGUUGAUUUCAUUUGAUUGAAUUUUUAUUUUAUUCUGAACUGUUGAACAAAUUUGUGAAAGAUUUAAAUGAUCAUAGACUUUAUUGAUGAUUGAGAAUAAAAAUUGUUUUUAUUACCACUA